AUGGGUGCGCAAAACGAAUACGAUCGCCUUAAAAAUGUUUAUCAGUCUUAUAACGAAGCAAAUGCAUUUUAUGCGGACACACGAGCAUCUCGUAUUAAAGGUGCAAUGUUUGGAGACUUAUAUGCCUCCACCUCUACUGCAACACCAUCACGCAGCACCAUAGUGGAAAAGUUAUCAACAGUUUCACGUGAAAUCAGAGAAACUGUCAUUGAUCUACUAAGUUUCGAAGGCAGCGCUGAUAUCAGUACACUUGGCGUACCUGAUUUGAUUCAACUCAUGUCUGAUGCUGACGAAGCUAUUGUUGCUCGAGCUGUGCAUCGUGUAUUUUUACUAACUCAGGAAGAUCGCACAAUCGCUACAUACCCUCAUUUGAUUGAAGCAUUACUUCAUGCAAGCCGAAGCUCUAACCCCAUUGUUCAAAGAGAUGCUGUCGGUGCUUUGAGUCAUAUUUCGGAAUUCAAAGAAGGCUGCAUGCAUAUAUUCAGAUCAGGCGGCUUAGCCGAGCUCAUUAGAAUGUUAAGUUGUAAAAUUGAAAGUGUUGUACAUUAUGCUGUUAUGACAUUGAGAAAUCUGCUGAUGUAUGUUGAACCAGUGAAGGUGCAAGCACGCAAUCUCGGAGCUGUAGAAGCCUUGGUACCCUUACUAUACAGAAACAAUCCGAAACUUUUAGCCCAAGUUUCUGAUAGUUUGUAUAUAUUGUUAUUGGAUGAUCCUCAAUCAAAGUUGACGUUUUUAUCUUUAGGAGGACCUAAAAUAUUAGUUUACAUAAUGAAAAAUUACUCAGAGCACAGGAAACUCAUGUAUACUGUUAUCCGCUGUAUUCGAGCCUUAUCUGUUUGUCCUCAGAAUAAAUCAGCUCUUGUGAGCUUGGGAUGCCUAUUGUGUCUCCAUAAUGAGCUGUGCAACUCUUCGGAUUACCGGGCCCGGAUUGCCAUUCUAGUAUCAAUGCGUAACUUAUCAGAUGCUGCUACAAACGAAGAAAAUUUAACGAAUCUGAUCAUUCGUCUUCUGGAUAUUGUCCGAAAUGAAGUAGAUGAAGCUCUUGUUGCUUGUGCUUGUGGAAUACUGAGUAAUCUCACCUGUAAUAAUAUUCGCAACAAACAAACGGUCUGCUCGAAAGCUGGUAUUGAAUCUCUCGUUGAGGCUAUUCGUCGUUUCCCUCAUGUAGAAGACGCCACUGAGCCUGCUCUUUGCGCAUUACGCCAUUGUACUGCAAGACACUCUUUCGCGGAACAGGCUCAGAACGAUCUUCGAUUAGUUGGCAGUUUUCCAUUGUUGCUUUCUUUAUUGGCUACUCUACGAGCUCCCGUUAUCAAAGCGGCCCUCGGUGUUAUCAGAAAUUCAGCCCUGUUGACUGCUAACCUAAUGGAGUUAACUCAUGAAAGAUCUUUGCAAGGUGACUCAGUAGUUUCUUUGACUGUUGAUAUUCUUGGACGAGCGACAAUUGCUAUCCGGGAAGAUCCUCAAUCUGAGAGUGAUGGUGUUCCCAUGUGGGGUGUAGUUGAAGGAGCGAUUUCUGCUCUCCAUCAACUUGCACGAGACAGUGCUGUAGCAUCGCUUCUUUAUCAAGACCCCGAAGUGCUUAGCAUAAUAGUAGAGCUAUUGGGGAGACCCGAAGUAUCUGGAUCUGAUGACGAACUCAUCGAGAGAGAGCUGUUGGGUUUACUUUAUCAACUUUCUAAAUCUGCUGAAGGAGCGAGACUUGUGGAAGCAGCUGGUCCUACUCCUUUGCUUAUGGAUGCUCUCAGAUCAGAUCAUAAAGCAGUCGUUACUUAUGCAACGGGGGUAUUGAAGAAUCUUGAAAACGACCGAUCUUCACACUACAGACAAGACAUUGAUCAUGAUAUUGGCCAUGGAUGGCAGAGAGAUGGAUUGGAGCCUGAGCUUUUUGGCGAAAUGUAUCCUGUACAUUCUAUGGAGUCAAACAAUUUCCCACUUCCCCACAAUAACAGUAGUUGGUUUGAUACCGACUUAUAA